ACGUAGCAAAAGAAGAAAAUUAUUGCCAAGAUUAAGUUUCUCAUACAUGAUUACAAAUGAUUCUAGGACCGAAUUGUCUCCUGACCCUAUCACUGCAAGAUCAGAAGCUGAUAAGAUAGUUGAUGGAAUGGACUUUGGUGAGCUUUGCAAUGAGUUUGAGUGCAUCAGUAGCCCACUGGUAGAAUCAACAGCAAGACAACUUGUAAGGGAUAUCCUAGAGCUUCGAGAAGGAAAUCGUGCUCUUGGAACAUAUGCAGUUUCUGUCAAGUACAAGGAUCCAGUAAGAAGUUUUACUGGUCGUGAGAAGUACAAGAGACCACUCUGGGUUACUGGAGCUCUAGAGAAGCCUUUUGUGGCAGUGCAGGAAAUGGUGAUGUUGUCAACCAGUGUCCUUAACAUCAAGUGGACAAUAAAGGGAAGGCCAAAAUCUUUUAUUGCUAGCAUAGGAGGAGAUCUAAUAAUAAGAGCAUUUUUCUGGACAUCACGCCGUCUUUUUGCUACAAUUGAGUCAGGGAAGGACUUGGCUGAUGUAGCAAAGAACUUGACAACCCGUGUCUCAACCGAAAAUGAGAACUUAGAAACUUAUCCAGAUCCUUUCGGCGAUCCAACAAAGUUCUUUCAAAGGGACGACAGCUUCCAAAGAGACGCAUACCAAAUUGCACUUCUUCUAGCAGUCCUCUAUUUUAUUGUACAGUUCCUAAGAACAACCUUGUAAGAACCAUCUUUCCAUUGUCUAUUAUUGAACAUGAAAUCAUUGUAAUUACUUACAGGUUUUGUUUUUAGUUAUACUGAACGAUUAUAGUACAUCUAAUGUAUAUAUCUGUGCUUUGUUUUCAACUUAGAAUAGUAAUUAAAUUAUAUUUCACUU